AUGCAAGGACUUGCCAAAUCAACCGAACACCACGCCCUAAAAUACACUGAGUUGUAUUCACCCAUUGUGAUCGAGGAUGAAGAAGACGUGAACGUGGACAGCCAUAUAAUUCCAAAGGAUACAGAGGUGGAAUUACUGUCAGUUUCAGAAAUAAUAAAAAAUCUGACACUCCAAAUUGACCAUAAACAUGUCAGCAGAUUUAACAUAUGUCGCUCUGACAUCUGGGAUGGGGCUGUUAGGGGACUUAAAAGGGGAACAUUUGCUGAAAACUAUGACCUCCUAGUUAAGUUCUCUGAUGAUGCUGGAAGGUUUGAGGAAUGUGUCGACACAGGCGGGCCGAAGAGGGAAUUCCUCUCACUGCUCAUGAAAGAGCUGAACAAACGACCCAUAUUUGAUGGACCUGUGGAGAGCCGCUACCUUGUUUACAAUACAACAGCAAUAAGAGGGGAUGAAUAUUAUUUUGCCGGCCAGAUGAUAGCCUUGUCCAUAGUACACGGUGGUCCUGGUCCAAAUUUUCUGUCGGAAGAUCUGGUCAGCUUCAUCUCAGGGAAAUCCAGUUUCAAGUCAUCAGUAGCAGACAUUACAGAUGAGGAAAUAGGGAAAGUGCUACGAGAGAUUCAGAAUGCAGCGUCCCUGGAGAAUCUGCGAGACCUGCUGGCAGAGAACAGUGCCAUGUUGCAAACCGCUGGGUGUUUCAGAUAUGUGAAGUCAUUGGAGGAAAAAGACACAAUUGUGAAGGACUACCUGUGGUGGUUCAUCAUCGACAGGAAUCAUGCUGCUAUUGACAGAUUCAAAGCCGGUCUUGCCACUUUGCAGUUUUUAACGGCUCUACAACAGCAUCCUUCAGUUCUGACCGAUGUCCUCUGCCACGUCAACAAAAGGUUAACUGCUGCAGAGGUUGAACACAUGUUCCAACCUGAGCUGAGUCCAAAUGGAAGCAACAGGAAGGUCCAGGAGGACAAAACCAUGAGCUUCUGGGCAGACUACCUACUUGAUUGUGAAGAAAAUAACACCUUGGUGUCCUUGGAGGAGCUCUUCAUGUUUGCCACAGGGGUGCCACGCGUGCCUCCAGCUGGAAUGGAUCCAAAGCCACGCCUUGAGUUUCUCGCAAGUUCAACAUUCCCAAUGGCAAACACAUGUGCCAAUACUUUAAAGCUUCCUCUACUGGACUGCUACAGUACCUUUAAAACAAACAUGGAUUUUGGGAUAAAGAAUUCCCCUGGAUUUGGAUGUCAUUAAUUCAGUGUUAAUGAGCUGUUCUGUGAGUGUUAAUGAGUUAAUGUUGUAUCUUAAUAGGAUGUGUUGUGUUCAACAGUCAGUAAAACAAAUGUGAAAAACCAUACAAGUUAACUGAGUGAUUGCAGUGGCCACAUGUUCAGGCUAGUGUUUAAACAUUGUCACAGGAAAUUCUACAUUUUAUCCAGCAACUAGCACUGUUUAUUGUUACAGUCAUCAGCGCUUCAGAAGCUGAAUGUGCUUCUUUUACUCAAUUUUUUUA